AUGAAUAGUUUCAAAGUAGAGCAGAAAGAGUUAAGCGGAAUGUCACUUACAAAGGCAUCCAAAAAAAAUUACAACGAAAAGCAUGGUGCUGCUCGGAUUAGAGCCGCGAAUCAAGCAAGCUGCCUGCCAAGCGCAACAACGCCCCCCGACCCCGGCCUGCGGACGAAAUCAAGCGCGAAGUCAUGGACGGCUCUAAGAACAUGGAGACCGUCGGCGGACACGCAUUAUAUACAUACUAAGCCAGCACGCCAAGAUAAGAUAGACCUCAUCAUGGCCGUGGUACAUCAUAUAUAGACGAGCAUGGGACGACGACAUCCAUGAUGCCCAUAAUGUAUUGUCUUUGAAGAUUUUGUUUUAUUUUCUCUGCUAUGCCUUGCCUGCUUGCCUGCCUGCCUGCCUGCCUGCUUGCUU